CUAGCAACGCUCACCUAUCGCAGUGAAGAGGUGAUAAGGAGUCGGUGUUGGGAUAAUCAAUAGGGAGUUUACACACAUGAGUGGCCCCAGCGGUCAGUGGAAGUGUGACGUUAACUAAAAAGUGUAGCAGAUAGUGUUAGUUCGGAGACCGUGCAGACUCGGACCUGAUCUGUCCAGAAACCAUGGGUCCGCUGUUGUAUUUAGCUGGCCUGGUCGUCAUGUUCCUGCUGUGGAUCAAAGUCAAAGGUCUAGAUUACGUGAUCGUUCACCAGAGGUGGAUAUUUGUGUGUUUGUUCCUGCUGCCGCUCUCCGUUAUAUUCGAUGUGUAUUAUUAUGUGCGGGCAUGGCUCAUUUUCAAGAUGUGCUCUGCGCCCAAACUGCACGACCAGCGCGUGCGGGACAUCCAGCGACAGGUGCGUGAGUGGAGGAAGGACGGCAGUAAGACCUACAUGUGUACGGGUCGACCCGGCUGGCUCACUGUAUCUCUCAGAGUGGGGAAAUACAAGAAAACCCACAAGAACAUCAUGAUCAAUAUGAUGGACAUUCUGGAGGUGGACACAAAGAGGCAGGUGGUGAGAGUUGAGCCGCUGGCCAACAUGGGUCAGGUGACCGCUCUCCUCACCUCGAUUGGCUGGACACUGCCAGUGCUGCCUGAGCUCGAUGACCUCACUGUGGGUGGUUUGGUGAUGGGUACAGGCAUUGAGUCAUCCUCUCACAUUUACGGGCUGUUUCAGCACAUCUGUGUCGCAUAUGAACUGGUUCUAGCUGAUGGCAGCUUAGUACGCUGUACUGAGGAGGAGAACUCGGACCUGUUCCACGCCGUCCCGUGGUCCUGUGGAACUCUGGGGUUCCUGGUUGCAGCUGAGAUUAAAAUUGUCCCCGCUAAACCCUGGGUGAAGCUGCACUAUGAGCCGGUCAGAGGACUGGAGAGCAUCUGUAAACGCUUCACUGAAGCAUCAGAGAACAAGCAGAACACAUUUGUUGAGGGUAUCCAGUACACUCUGGACACCGCUGUCAUCAUGACAGGAACCAUGACUGACCACGCAGAGCCUGAUAAGAUUAAUAGAAUCGGCCUGCACUUUAAACCCUGGUUCUUUAAACACGUGGAGGGCUACCUGAAAGGUGACUACAGUGGAGUUGAAUACAUCCCUCUGAGACAGUACUAUCACAGACACACACCCAGCAUCUUCUGGGAGCUUCAGGAUAUUAUUCCCUUUGGCAACAACCCAGUGUUUCGCUGGCUUUUUGGAUGGAUGGUUCCUCCUAAGAUCUCACUGCUGAAGCUGACCCAGGGAGAGACUAUCAGACAGCUUUAUGAGCAGCACCACGUGGUCCAGGACAUGCUGAUACCCAUGAAGCAUCUGCAGUCUGCCAUCACGCGCUUCCACCAGGACAUCGACGUUUACCCUCUGUGGCUGUGUCCAUUCCUGUUGCCACCAGGCAGAGGGAUGGUCCACCCCAAAGGUCAAGAGGAGGAGUUGUAUGUGGAUAUUGGGGCUUAUGGAGAGCCCAAAGUCAAACACUUUGAAGCUAAAGCAUCAACGCGUCAGCUGGAGAAGUUUGUCAGAGAUGUGCAUGGGUUCCAGAUGCUGUAUGCAGAUGUGUACAUGGACCGAGAGGAGUUCUGGGAGAUGUUUGAUGGACAGCUGUAUCACAGAUUGAGAGAGGAAUUAGGCUGUAAGGAGGCCUUCCCGGAGGUUUACGACAAAAUCUGUAAAUCUGCACGACACUGACCUCAGCCCUGUGUCACAGAAACACCGAGGCACUGUCUGCAACUCACGUUUGGUGACAGCUUCUAGUUUUGGGAUGUUUCAACAAAAGCAAAAAGAAAAAAACAGUUUUACACAAAGAUAUGUCUCAGAAUCUUCUACAGUGGAAUCAAGCUUUGCACACAGUAAUACAAGCUAAAAUAGGUUAUGUUUGGCAACCAGACUGUGUCUUAAGAUACCCUUCUCUCAAUGUGAAGCAGGAGCACAAGCAUUGUAAUGCUUUUAAGUCAUGAUUGUAUUCUUUUUCCUUUUUCUGUACACAAUUAGCAUAUUUCAACAUUCAUGUGCUGCUUGACUCAAAACCCAUAUGUGUAACUUGUUGAGAGCAUAUUGCACCAAAUGUUCCUCUUUUUUUUUUUUAAAUGUGUAUGUUAUGCAACUUUUCCCUGUUUAACUACAUUAUCUAGUGUUCUUUUAAGACCUUUUGCAUAUUUCUCUGUUCACAUUUGAUUAACAGGUCAGCCUUAACUACAGUUUCCCAGGUGCCAUACACUUUGAAAAUAUGACUUUCUAAUUAGUGUCAAACACAUAUAUUUAAAAAAAAAAAAAAAAAAAAAAAAAAAAAUAUAUA